AUGCGCCUCUCCGCCGCGCUGCUCUGCAUCGUCUCACAGCUCUGGACGGUGAAUGCCAACGUCGAGAAGACGAUAUUCCUCGGUCCCAAGCCUGUGACUCUCCCCAAUGUCCGCUCCAGCUCGUAUGACUUCGGUCUGAACUACUUGUCGCCUGACUUUACCAUCCUCCCGAUCCGUGUGCCCGUACGGUUUCCCACCGAGUCGGUGCCCCGCGGUCUCGAGUCCUGGUAUCUGCUUCGCGGCCUGGAAGACGGGCGGAGGUACGAAUUGCGCAUCUGCUGGCCGGCAACUCAACCUACCGACUUCUGGCUCGACACUUAUUCUGUCACCCAAAUACUCGACACGCCUGAAUUGACAUCUUCGCUGGUACAAUUCAACUCGGAGUUUCGACGCUACCUAGUCGACGACGACAUCACCACCAAGGAAACACCGUCUGCAGCCCCAAAGUCGAUGCUAUUUCUGCGCCUCCAGGCUGCAGCAUCUUACUACUCGACCAAUCGCACAUUGAUGGACUACCCGCCUCCAGUCGAUGCGGAUCUCAUACUUGAUCCCUUUAUACUGAACGUCUUCCCCCAGUCACUCGCUCCCGUCGCCAUAUACAUUACCGCAGUCGCUGUAGGAGCCUGGUUUCUCUCUAGUUACAUCUACCGUUGGUUAUUGUCAGUCGCUGCCGACGCACCUAGCAAACCGCACACCGAUUGA